GAGAAAUCAGGGGGAGGUGGAGUCGAGAGUCCGGGAUUGGGAUUUCCUUAUCCAACACAACAUCCACUCAGGAUUGGAAAUGCGCAAACCGGCUGAAAUCCCGGAAAAGCGAGCUCCUCGGAUUUUAGACUUUCCUAAACCACGCACACCCACUAACUCUCACCCAAUCUAACUUUCCCCCGUAUAAACCUCGACCAGGAUCAUCACUCGCACUUCUUUAUAAUCCUUCACAUCAAUUGUCCUCCUCAUCAUACUCUCUCCACAGUUCCUCCGCCGAUUACACCACCACCACCACUUCAGCACUCUUCUCAUCUCAUCAUCCGUCUCCAAAUCAGUCAAGCUUUCUCUUCACUACUUUCUCUUCCGCUCAACUCGAAAAUUGAGAUUUGUUAAGAUUUUCAAAAUCGUGAACGCCAGUUGACUAGAUUUUUACCGUUCUCAGUUUUAUCGUUCUCAGUGAAACAAGUUAUCAAUCAUUAUUAUUGGUACACAAGUAGGUGCACAUUUCUAUGUAGAAGGAAAUAGUCGGUGAAAGAAUCUCUGAUGGAGGAAACGGAACACCACCACUUUGACAUUUUGACUCUUCUUCAAAAAUGUGGUGAUAGAAGUGCAUUCAGGGUUGUUGCACCAACUACCGGAUCUUAUGGUAUCUUCAAGUCGCCUGCAGGGCUAAAUGGCAAUCACCCUCUCAAGUCGUGGAACGAACUUCUGCCACUUCUGCCUCCACCCUUCGGGCCCCUUUCUUCCCCCACGUCGGUCGCCUCCUCUCCUCCGUCAUCUUCUUCUUCCUCUGCACUCCUCUCAUCCCCAAAGUCAUUCUGCUCACCUUCGUCCUUCUCAUCCGGCACCACAAUCUCGUCAUCAUCGUCCUCCAGCAACAGCAAGGAUGAUCUACUCAGACCAUAUCGAUCCAUCCCAUUCUCUGAAAAAUCACCUCUAAGUAAACCACCUUCCGAAAUAAAAUUUGGAAUCGACAGACUUUUGAAACCCAAGGUCUUGUCGGUGAAAGAUAUUCUGAAGCAAACGGACUCAGACCCAUGCAGAGAUGUCAAUUCUUCCUCCUUGUCUCUGUCCACCACGAAAUCCAGUGCAAAUACACUCUCAACCUCUCUGUCGUCAUUAGUCGGCGGCGGUGGUGGUGGAAAUGCUCCAAUUCAUUACGUGCCCGGUCGCCCUCACAAUUCGUCAUCAACUUCCGCAUUGACAACUGCCCAUCUCCACUCAUCGUUUCCGUUCCCCGGCUUGUUUUUCCAUCCAUCCCAACACUCCUCUGCCCUCCUGCUCCCGUUCCAUAACAGUCUCUUUUUUCACAAACCUCUGAGUGACCACAGUGGUCACGGCCAGUUUGGACCUGGGCCAUUUUCGUCACAUGUUGGAAGUAUCCUGGGGAAAAAUCAUGGGCUUCCGUCAUCCACAUCUGUUAACCCUCCAGGCUCCAAAGGUUCUACGAUCCACCACAAUCACAAUCAUCACAAUCACCACAGCCCCGGGCUAGGAUCGGAGGAUCGGAUUUUUAGUUGCGUCAAGUGUGACAAAAUUUUUUCCACUCCGCACGGACUGGAGGUGCAUUCCAGGAGAUCACACAAUGGGAAGCGACCGUUUGCCUGCCAUUUAUGCAACAAGACAUUUGGCCACGAAAUCUCACUCACUCAACACAGGUAUUACUGCAUGGCUGUGCACAAUGUGGAGAAGGUUUUUUCCUGUAACCAGUGCGGAAAGACUUUCAAAAGAUCAUCAACGCUCUCCACGCACCUCCUGAUUCACUCGGACACUCGUCCUUAUCCCUGUCCAUACUGUGGUAAGAGGUUCCACCAAAAGUCGGACAUGAAGAAGCAUACGUACAUUCACACAGGAGAAAAGCCUUUCAAGUGCAUUUCCUGUGGAAAAGCGUUUUCACAAUCCUCGAAUUUAAUCACCCAUUCAAGAAAACACACUGGAUUUAAGCCGUUCGCGUGUGACCUAUGCGGUCGCGCUUUUCAACGAAAAGUUGACCUCCGAAGGCACAGACAGUCAACUAACAUGUUGGUGGGUCACUGAUUCCUUUAGAGAGACGCAACACAACGGAGUUUCAGCCAAUUUUCUGAGCAAUCUUCACACCAACCCUCAACCAAUUCCGUAACACCUCACUUCUCUCUGGUUCAUUCAAUCAACAAACUAAACUAACCAUAAAUAUAGUGUCACUUCAUAAUUCAAAUUAAUUAUCUCAAUGUCAUUCCGCACUACACAGUCGCAAAUCUUUUAUGCCUGCACUUGAAACGUAUAACAACGUUUAUUUAUCCAUAAGCCAAAGACUAAUUACCUUGAAAUAAAAUCAUAAAAUGAGUGUAACAAAACUGA